GAUGUCGCAGACCGAUCUGCGCUCGCGCCUCUUUUUUACAUCCUGUUCCGAAGAAGUCUGCGGCGACGUCACGGAUCCUCCAAAUGACCAAAUAAGGAAAGUGACACACGCGCGAGGAAUGUGUUCAACUCGGAUUUCACUUUUAAUGAUCGGAACAGAACCGAUCAAAACACGAUUCAACACAACUUUACAACCACUGCUGCGACACACAACCUGCAGCCACGACCCACUGAGAGUGUGUGUGUGUUAGUGUGUGUGUGAGGGAGUUUGUGCAUGAGUGUGUGUGUGCAUGAGUGUGUGUUAGUGGAGUUUGUUGAGAAAGAGAAAAGAGGAAGCAGUUCCGCCCUCAGAUCAGCCCUGCAGGAGGAGGAGGAGGAGAAAAGCUCGGAGAGAAGGAUCCACACAGGCCGGAGAGAGGACUCCAACUGACCCGCACACAGGCUGCUGUCCUCGGUGUACAUCUGUGAGAGGUCCCGCUGUGGACCGAGAAGCUCCGGACUCUGGAUCUGAUCUCCGCUGGUCUCUGUGUGUGUUUGCUACAGAAUGAAGUCCAAGUGAAGGAGUUUCUACAAACAAGAGCCAACUGUUCCCCUCACAGGCGGGUCUGGAUCGGGUCUGGGCCUCUGCUGCUGGUCUCAUCAGGUCCCGGACGGUUAUUGAUCCGGAUAAAUCCCGGAUCGAUCGGUCAGGAUGAGCGGAGACGAGGAGAGAUACAAACUGGUGGUGGUGGGAGGAGGAGGGGUUGGCAAGAGCGCGCUGACCAUCCAGUUCAUCCAGGUACACACACACACACACACACACACACACACACACACACACACACACACACACACACACACACACACACACACACACACACACUUCUAUCUACAUGAUCUGCAGCCUGAAUUACAGGCCAUGGUAACUUAUUGAGCCUUGGUUGACCUGCUGCUGGUUAUCAUUUUCUAUCUACACACACCUCUUUCACUUAUGAGUCAUAUCAGACUCACAGGAGUCAACUAUAAAGUUUCACAACUUCAUACAAAUAGGGAAGUGACAUUAAAGAGCCAUAAAAAGGGCAGAAUAUAUUGAUGUUACUGUGAAAUACUUCCUAAAAACUCCGGAAAAUUUCAGGUAAAGCUGCAUGUGCUGAAAACAAACAGCAAAAACUUUCUGCCCUGACUUUGUCCUGAUUUUUUCCUGCCAACCAUUCUGUAAAAUUUGUGAAAAAGUGUGGCAUGUCAACUGUUUAUGAACACAACCUGAAAGUAAAAGUCAGGAAAAUUCAUGGAACCGGUGUGAGCGCAUCUGGGAUUUUUAUGAAAGUAAGUAAGCUGAAUUCAUACAUGCACAAAACUCCAGAAAAUUUCCAGAAAAUUUUACGUUAAGCUGCUCACGAUGCAUGCAAACAGUGACAAUUCUCCACCCUGACUUUUUCCUGAUUUUUCCUGACAAUUAUCUUUAGUCAUAUUGAUGAAAUAAGUGCGGCAAUGAAAAAUCCUCCUGAAAAUUUCCAGAAAAAUCCAGGUUGAGAUGCAUGUAUUGAAUGUAAAGCCAUUUAUAGGCAAGACAUGCUGGUAAAAGUCAGGAAAAUUCAUGCGACUGCUGUGAGCGCAUCUGGGAUUUUUAUGGGAGUAACCUAAGAUAUAACCAGUUGGCUGAAUUCAUACACGCACAAAACUCCUGAAAAUUUCCAGAAGAGUUUACGUUAAGCUGUACACGAUGUAUGCAAACACUGACAAAUCUCCACCCUGACUUUUCCUGAUUUUGUUCCCCAACAACCUUUUAGUCGUAUUGGUGAAAGAAGUGCAGCGAUGAAAAUUCCCAGAAAAAUUUCCAGAAUUAUCCAGGUUGAGAUGCAUGUUUUAAUGUAAAGCCAUUUAUAAGACAUGCUGGUAAAACUCAGGAAGAUGCAUGCGACUGGAGCAAAGGAAAACAAUUUUUAGGUAAAGAACAGUGAAGCUUUUGGCACAUUUGUCGGUUCAAAUGUAGAGCACUGAUUCACGCCAAAGCUGCCACCGUGGCUCAGGUCACUGUGGCUUUCGCAUUUUUUUUUAAUGUCGUGUCCUGCCAGAUUUUCCAGAAACUUUCAGGAGUGCAUACCUGAAAAGUGCACUCAACUCAAACUUUACUCCCAGAUGAGAUAUGAGCUCUGCUGCCAGAUUCUUAAAACAUAAACUAGGUAAAUACAGUUCAGGUACUCCUCUGUCUUUGGCCUCUUUUAUACUCUCCUGAAAUAGUCCAGAAAUUUUCACGAGCCUUGAAAAUGUCCUGUAGUUGUUCGUUCACACAUGUCCCCUUCAGUGUGAAGUCUUCUGUAUUGGAUAGGGAGGGUGGAGGGCAGGAGGGAGGAACUGAGUCCUUUAAGGCGUAACAUCACAUCGAAAUCAGGCUAUAAAAGCCGCAGCUGCUAUUUUCGCUGCUUUAAUGUCUCACUUUCAGUAUGAAUGUCACAGAGGCGUGAUGGCGGAGGCAAGUCUUCAGAGGUGGUAAAAGAGAUGUUACAGAGGCGAGGUCGGAUCACUCAGUACUUACAUGCCCGGUUCAGAUAAAGCUCGAUUAGGCGAUUUCACUGGACUGUUUCACUGUUUUCGUCAGCAGAAGAAUUAGAUAUUGACGGAUGCAUGACUGCCUCCAUGAUGUGUACACCUUGACUGAUGAAAACACCAACGAUCUGUUCACUACCCAACUCAGGGGUCAAAGCUCGGUGUGCAAACUGUAGGACAACUUUUAGACCAGUUUUAGUCCGACUAAGACCCCAACUGUGUUAUCCAGGCAUGCUACUCCAACAGAAGUCCAGUUGUGAGCCAGUGGAGCAGGCAGGGCGGGACAGCUCUGUGUGUGUGCAUGUCAGACUUUUGUAUCGCUUAAAUGCAAUACAAACUCACUAGUUUUAUGCCAUUUCAUGAUCAGUUUUAAAGUACAAAGGCACAAGUAUGUGUGUUCACUGUUGCAGACUGAAAAUAGGAGGUAUUACAAGCAGCACAGAUCUACAUCAUGCAGUUUUUGCAGGUAUAUUAAUAUUACAUGCAAACUGACGGGUGUGCAGACAUCUUUACUGCUUUUCUCCUUCAACCUCAGGUUUGUUUUAGUUUGAUCUGUCAGGCUGCAGCCCCUCUCUUCAGUGUUGUCCUACCCACAAACACCCGAAUGCGUCAGCUGUCCUGUCUUACAGAAACAGCUAUAAGGAGACGAGUCUUUACACUGUAGAUAGAUAUCUAUACGUCGUCGGUGCAUGGGUGCAUUCAAAAACCCAACCGCACACACACUCGACUCCAAGAUGUAAACCAACGUUUAUUAAUAAACAUACUGAAGAUAACAUCCUGCAUUCUUACAGUGCGCCACAGUGACCACAGUCACCCCGCCAGCUCAAGCGACACUCCAAACUCUUCACCCUCUAAACUUUAAACUGAAUAUUUUCAGACUUUUUGCAGAAAUUUCACUUUUAACUGAGAGAAAAAAAAGGAUAAAAAAGGAGCUUUGUCCACGACAGCCUUCCUUUCUCUCUCUGAUAUGUUACACAUGACGACCACAUCUGAGCUCUGAACGCCGCGAGCACAUCAAACAUCCAGCAUCAUCUGUUCUGUGUUCGGCUUUUCAUGAUUUCAUUAACAGACAGACUUCAUCACACCGUGUACCGUCACUUUUUAACGGCUCUUUUUUUUAAAGGAGCCUUUCACUGUUUUUUCUUCAGAUCUCACACUUUAUGCUCCGGCUGACCUCAUGCUCGAUUGUGGUUAUUGCCUCAAAGACUGUUGACUAACUGUUCAGCGUCUGUGGUGAUUCUAACAUGAGUGAGCGUUCACACGUUGCAGAACGGGAGGAAAAGACAUCUGAGCUGGUUUAAGACUUCUGUACGGACUUGUGAGUGGAAAAUGAGUAAUCUUCGGUGUUUCUAUUGCAAAUUCUCCGACUUAGAGCGCAGAAUUGUAGUUUUUGGGUGAAUGUACCGAGUCAUGCUGUGACACAGCGAACAGGAACACACAUGUUAAACAGCUGAAUGUAUGAGCUGCAGCUAAGAGUUGGAAUUACAGUGAAACAAGCCAAAAGUGCCACAUUUCCAUCUUUAAAUACUGAAACUUUGUCUCUGAGGAGCUACUUUUGAAAGGAUUAAAAGUUUCCUGCUGUUGGAUGUUGUCAGAUUUGUGAGGAUUAGACAAUUACGCCCGCUGAAGAAUGCUCUUGUUUGGACACAGACUGAAAAAAGAGGGAUAGGUGUCAUUAGAAAUAAACUUGAUCAAACUUUUACAAGAAAUGUAUUUGUUACAGCAGCUUCAGUCAAAGUCAAACGACAGAUUCAGACACAAAAAGUUUCUAAAACUUACAAAUAAAACAUCGGUGCCGUAAUAUUUCCACAUUUCACCUGCUCAGAGGCUUUUAAGAGGUAGUGAGAAAUAAGGAAAGGAAAACACCAAAAAUACACACUUCCUGAUUUCCAUGCAAAAUAAAUAAUGAAAUUCAUGGAGCAAAAGUGACUUUUAGUGUCCAAAAUCUAACUUGGAAUAAAAGCGGUGUUUUAAUAUAAGUAUAUGUAACCCUGAUGGUGUUUUUAUUUCUGUUCAUGAAAUAGUCAGCUCUGUGUUUUCACUACCUAAACUUUCAUAACUGAGGACCUGAGAAAGGAUCUGAAACCUUCUCACAUACACUCCUAAAAACUCUGAGUUUGUUAGCUGCAGAUAAACUACAUGAGCUGAAAAACAUGAUGACCCCAGAGCUGGUUUGGUGCAGUAUGUGGAUAACCAUCAGGGGGCAGUGUAGAGGCAGAGCAGAUGAAACAGAGUGGUGGGUAGUGAUGGGCACGGCACUUCUUUUUAGAUAUACUGAAUCACUAGAAUCAGUUAACUAAAAAGAUUCGUUCAAAAGAUUCGUUCAUAGAAUCACCAAAUCAUUCAGUGCCUGGCGGGAGACGCCUGCGACUCCGACCUCCUGAACCUCCUGAAAUGCUCGCCUGGCAGUGCUGCGUGUUAUAGCAUCUACCCUGCUGACAGCUCAACUGAAGUGAGAAACGAAUGAAUCUCUUGAGGAAGUGAUUCGGUUCAGUACGUUCACUUAAAAGUAGGGAUGUGUGCGGUUAUUCGGAUAUUCAUGUAAACAGGGUGUCCUUACGAUCUGGUUAGUAAAUUAUAUUUAAUUAUUCUAUAAAAUACAAAAAAGAAAGGGUGAAGAAAGCGGAAAAAAAAGCUUUUUUUAUUACGUGUUUACUGUCAUGUCUUAAUAAAAGUGUGCAUUAAACAAGCUAAUUGAUCUUUCACGUACUUUAUGUCAUUGUCAAGCGCUAAAAUAAGAUUCUGUAACAUAUUUCAAUAUUAUAGGCAUGGCUUUCAUGUACUCUUAACAUUUAUUUCAGAUGAUAUCUGGCCAUAUAGAUCGACAUUUGCUCAAUUUGGGCUAUUUUCUAGGAGUUCAUUAAUUUUCGUGUAUUUGAAUAUUCGGUUUCAAAAUGGUCGUCGAUUCGGUUCUUUUAAACAAAUCAUCAGCGAACGACACAACACUAGUGGUGAGCAUCGUUCAGACUGCAGAAGCCAAAAAAACAGUCGAGUUUGCAGCCUGAUUCUUGCACAGGUGUGUGCUGUACAGUCAUGCCUCUGUCUUCAGUUUGCAUGCAGACCUCUUUUUUUCCUUUUUUUAGUGUGAACGCAGAUUUUUUUUUGUUGGCUUAACACCUUAGCUUUUAAUUUUCUAAAGUUGCACACACAUACAUGUCUUCCUAAAAGUAGGGCAUGUGUUAGGGUCUCAGGAGGCGGGACAUGACAGGAAAUGCAGGGGCCUGAAACUAUGAUGACAUUGUUUGCACAUAUAUCAACCCUACAUGCAGAAAAAAAGCAUCCUCACUGAGGAGAACAGAGUGCAAAGCUGGUUGACUGCAUGCACAGAGAUCACUCUGGUUGCCCACAGGUUGUAUGAUAUAGAUCUCUCUCUGCCUCCUUCUCACCCACUGCGGCUUCUUUUUGCUGCGUUCCCAUGCGUUGCUGCUAUUUGCAUUCACACAUGCAGCCGACUCUGCACAGAUUUCCUCCUGGAGUUUUGGAUGCAUGCAAGCAACAUUAUAUGCACAUCUAAAGGUCCCUAAGAUAAGAACAAGGUCUUACAAAACUGAUAAGUUUUUGAACCUUAGUGGAAACGGCUGGAGGGACUUUUUAGUGUCUUGAAGAAUGACCUAAGAAGUUCCCGCUGCUCAGUAAACGGUGUCAGUGCUGUGUCCAAACGAUGCAAACAAAAACCAAACCCUGUGAUUCACGCUGCAGAUUUAGUCAGAGCUAAUCUGGUGUGUCUCGGCUAAAGUUAACCCCCUGACUGUUGUGGUGGAAAAGUUCCUCGUCCCUGGAAAAAGUUCCUGUGGUGUAAACGUGCCUUUAAGCUCCUGCAGUGUGAACAGUUUCUUUCUUUAUCUGUUUUUCUUCAUCAGUCGUACUUCGUGUCGGACUAUGACCCCACCAUCGAGGACUCCUACACCAAGAUCUGCUCUGUGGAUGGAAAAGAUACGAGGCUGGACAGUGAGUCUCUGCACACACACAUUUACACACUUACACUCACUCACUCACUCACACACAUGCACUCACACACACUCUUUCCUCUGGGUCUGAGUCAGAGGGUGCAUUUGGAAACAGAGGGUGUGUUUCUCAAUGAUGUGACCCAGCAGUGUGUGUUUGUGUGUGUGUGCGUGUGUGUGUUUGCCCUGUUAGGACUUGUUACGUGUGUGUUUGGCUGCAGACUGUUGGGUCACACUGAUGUUUCAGCACACACACACACACACACACACACACACACACACACACACACACACACACACACACACACACUCGUGAAUCAUUGUCUGAACAAUCCCUGAUAUUAAAACAUGGAUCUGCUUCUGGUUAAUAUUCAGUCGUACUGCAGCUGUCUGUGUGGGUGUGUAUUAUAUGUACAGAUGUUAGUUACAGUGUGUGUGUGUGUGUGUGUAUGAGUGUGUGUGUGUUGUGGGGGAGUACAGGGUGGGUCUGGACUUGGAGCCAAUCAGGACUCAAUGAGGAUCAGCUUGUGUCUCCUAAAGCUUUACAUCUGAGUCAGAGGGUUUAACUCAGUCUGGACAAAAACUUUGUACAGUUCCUCCAACACUGUUGACUCUUAAAUAAGUUUUUAACUCUCCGCUUUCUUUCCUUUAUCUCCUCACAACAGUCCAUCCAUCAGUCUCUCCCCUCCUUUAUAAACUCCCCUGCUAUCCCUCCAUUAACUCUCUUUAACUCUCAGUCUAACUCCCCUCUUUAGUUCCCUCUUCCUUCUCUCUCAUCUCCUCUUUUUACUCAUUUUCACCCCCUUUGACUCCCUUCAUACUCCCCUCUUACUCUCCUGUUAACUCCACUUUGAACUCCUGUCACACACACCUGUUAACCCCCCUUUGUACACCUCCUCUUUCACCUUUUCCAUUCCCUUCUUACACACAUUUCUUCCCUUGUUCUCUCCUCAUUCACCCCUUUCACCCCUCUUUUUAAUCGACCUCUUAUUCCACGUCCAUCUUCAUUUAAACUUUCCUCUUACAUCCCAACUUUUCUUCUUAUUCCCCUUUUUUACUCCCCUCUUUUUCCUCUUUAAACCACCCUUUACUCUCCCUUCACCUCCUCUUUUACACCCCUAGUUUUUCCUGUUAACUCCCCCCUAAAACCUCCUUACUCCUCCUCUUUUACACCCUUUCUUUACUCUGUAAACUCGCCUCCUUCUCCUCUGUAGAAACUCCUCUCUGACUUCCCUGCAGUUCCUCUGGUGUCCACUAGAGGCUGGCUCUAAAAGUGAAUGAAUCCCCAUUAGAGCUCAUAUUAAGAUGAAUAUUUUCACAGCAGAAACUGUUUUGGUCUCAGUUUUGAUUUUAUUUUUGUUCAUCUAAGAGAAACAACAUCUACAUCAUUUACAUCUAACAUGUUCACAGCAGAUCUGACAGGAUUAACGAUCAAGUUUGACUUUAUUCUCUCAUAGGAAACCUCAAACCACAAACUGUGUUAUUUUAACCCUCAGCUCUGUCUGACAGGUGCAGAGGUGAAGUUUGGUUUUUAACAUGUUUUGUGUUUUUGUGUUUUUUUUGUGUGUGUUUGUGUGUGUGUUUGUGUGUCAGUCUUGGACACGGCAGGUCAGGAGGAGUUUGGAGCGAUGAGGGAGCAGUACAUGAGAUCAGGAGAAGGAUUCUUACUCGUGUUCGCUCUAAACGACCGUGGCAGGUAACACAACCUCACACACACAGAAAUACAUGAUCAGAAAUACACAAUACCGCACCACAGCAGAACGGUGAGUCCUGUCUGAUCUGGACUCGGUCUGUGUGUGUCUGUAUGUGUGGUUUCUACUGCUUCGACUUAAAUUCUCUGAUGAUAUUAAACUUUGUCCUGCGAACAGCUACCACGAGGUGCAGAAGUUUCACACUCAGAUCCUGAGGGUGAAGGACAGAGACGACUUCCCCAUGGUUCUGGUGGGGAACAAAGCCGACCUGGAUCAGCAGAGAGUGGUGAGGUUCUGCUCACAGAGUCGGGUUCACCGUUUAAUGUGAAUAAAUCCAGAAAGGUGCUGACUGUGUGUUUUUUUUCGUGCGCAGAUCUCGAGGGAGGACGCUCAGGCGUUCGCGGCAGAAAACAGGAUCCACUACAUGGAGGCUUCGGCCAAAAACCGCUACAACGUGGACGAGGCCUUCCUGGAGCUGGUCCAGAUCAUCAGGUUUGGAUCACGCUUCUUAAAAUUCACCUGACAGGUCCAGAAAAAAUGUCACAAUUCAAAAUAUUACUCAUCUAAAAUAAGACCGGAGUUAAGUUUAAGAAGAAAACUUGACAAGAAGAACGUCGGACCCUGUUUUUUGGGGUUUAAUACCUCGAAAUAAGACAUUUUUCUGGUUUUGAUGGGUGAAUGAGGCUUAAAUGAAGCCUAAUAAAACAUUUAAACAGAAAUAAGACAAAAACACUUUAAAAGAUUCAAGUUUUUGCGACAGAUCAGCGACGAGGGGCUUACCUAUCUGGUCUGAGCAGCAGAGACGUCUCAUUUUAUUGCAGUUUUUCAUGCAAACUUUAACACAAUCAGGACUUUCGGUGCAGCUGUGGAUUUUAAGAAAUUUGACCCUGAAGCAGGAGAAAAAUCCAAAGUAAAAAUUGUCCAAUAAUGGACACACAAGAGUAUUUUAACCGCAUCCGUUUUUUUCUAUCACUAGUUCAGUCAAAGUCAAGUUUCUUAUCGAUGAAUGAACACACUCACAGAGAUAAUCAUGAUGCAUUAACACGAGGUUUGGAUAUUGUGCUGCUAAAAAAGCCAAAACAGGAGAACAAAGUGGCAGAUAGAGCAAACAGAGCAGCAUCUGUAAAACUAAACAGUCUUUAAAAAGUGCGGCUCGGCUGAAUCAGCUGAUUCUGUGUCCGGAUCUGAAGUGUUCCACUUUAAAAAACCGUUUUUUCUUCUUCCUCCGUGUUUCUGUUUCCUCCUCAGACGGUUUCAGGAGCUGGAGAGUCCUCCUCCUCCGACUCAUCACACGGGCAAACAAAAGAGGGGUGGCUGUCCCUGUGUCCUCCUCUAAGGACUGUUACCAUGGAGACCGCAGUCUGGUCCAACAGCAGCUCGUCCAAAGAGGAGUGUGUUUGAAUGUGGGUGUGUGCGCAUGUGUAUGUGUGUGUGUGAGAGAGAGAUGAGGUGCAUCAUUUUAUUUCAUUUGCACUUUUUAUUCCUUUAAAUCAGUGUAAUCUCGUGUCGUCGCUGUGAAUGAUGACAAUCACAAUUUAUUUACAACAUUUUACUUUAUUAUAAAAGUGCGUCUGUGAUAUUUCAGCGUGUGGCACGCCCAGAAACACCAGGCAGAGUUAGGCUCGUGUUGUGUUCCUCCUGCAGGGGGCAGCAGACUCCAGAACAGAGCUGUAGUUUUAUCUCCAGUUAAACAUCAGGGACAGGGUUUUCAAAAUACUUCGGCGACGUCUGUCUGUCUGUCUGUGUGGGAGUCUGAUCUGAAACCUGCAGCUGAAUGAGGAGGAGCCUCGACAGAUAAACAUGAUAAAUGUAACAAAGGUGAAUUUUGACACGCAGACACCAACACUGAUGUUUAUGUAUUAAAAUGCAUCCUGGUACUUUUGCAGCCUAAAACGAUAUCUAUGUUUUUAUAUAUUUUUUGUAUUUUUAAUCACAAACACAGCUUAGUUUUAAUAAAUUCUUAGUGCACCAUACAGCAUGCUAACAGAAUAAUAACGCCCCGAGUCCAGCUGCACAAUUUCAGCAGGUCGGAGGACUCACUUGUGACCUCUAGUGGUGAGAAUGCGUGAUGCAGUUACCUGAUAAAGACCUGUAAAAACAGCCGUAAACAUUUCUGAAUAAUAAGCAUGCAGCACCUCCAGAGUUCGACUCCAAACAUGAACCAAAAAUACAGAAAAACCAAAACAAAUACUCUCAGAGGAGGUUUUUGUUUUUGGUAUUUCGCCUCAUUCUCUGCAGAGCCUCCAUAGAAGUGUCAUUAUCAGACGCUCAUUCAUGUAGCACGUAUAGAAACAUCCACCCUCAUACUGAACCUGCGUCCUGUGAGGCUUCAGGCAUUUUGGUUUCACUUUAUUUACACUUCUUAUCGUUUUAGUUUUUUCCUUUUAUUCUAACUAAAGACAGAAAAGGUGGUGGUGGUUUUGGGGGUGGGAUUACGACACCAAACGGUCAGGGUCAGAGUUCAUGGUUUGUCUCUGUAUCUGCACCAAACUUCCUUUCUAUCGUAUUUAUAUCUACUUUAAAAACUACAUUUCACAUCAGUUUUAUAGUGAAUUAAAGAUCAAAUCACUUUUAUAAUUCAUUAAAACUUUGAAACAAACAUC